AAAAACCCAUUAAGGUGGCCAUAAAUCUAAUCACCAAACAUAAAACGGAACCAUGAAAACCGAACCAUUAACAACAAUUGUUCAGACAAACACAAAUUCGUUCAGAGACGUCGUACAGCGACUGACAAGCCCAUCAGAUUGCACAACACAAUCAGAGGCAGCAAAACCUGCUGGGACGAAGAAGACAGCAUCCAAACUCCAUGAAAGGAGACAAUAUACGAGGCCCAAACUUGAGAUAGUAAAACCUUCUUUUUACUAUAAAUCAGGCGCAUCACCCAAGAACCGUUCUAGUUUUUCACCCUCCAAGUCAAGAGAUUCUUCUUGCUUUCCUUCAAGUCCCAUUUCGGGGAAUUCAAAUCAGAUACCGAGUCCCAAAACCCCUUCAACAAUUUUUUCUCGAUUGACCAUUCUAGAAGAAGAAAAGAAAGAAGAGUUAGCAAUACCUGAACUAAACUUAGAAGAAGAAGAGAAGGCUAUCAAAGAGAGGCGGUUUUACUUGCAUCCAUCUCCACGGUCUAAGCCAGGAUAUACUGAACCAGAACUACUUGCUUUAUUUCCUUUAGUAUCUCCUAAUACAAGUGGGGCAGUGUAA